AUGAAUGUGAACAGCAAUAAUAAUAACUCUAAUGUAUCGAACCUUUCAAGUGCUCUCCGCCAGGUCAAUUUAGGAAACAGUAAUACAACAACCGAUCAGAGCAAUAUCAAUUUUGAACUUUCCAAUGGAAUAAGCGAUGACAAAAUGAGUCCCAAUGAUAGUAAUACAAUUAACAAUAAUAUGAAUAACGGAAUGCAACGGCAAAGACAAAGUGAUAUGCAAGCUGAGCAACUCUCUCAACAGAUACAGCAACAACAAGCAUUUUCAAACAUGGGACCAGUAGAUAAUUCAAGGAUUAGAAAAUUUUUUCAAAACCAACCAAUGGAAGGUUACACCUUGUUUUCCCAUAGGUCUGCUCCCAAUGGUUUUAAAGUUGCCAUUGUAUUGAGUGAAUUAGGCCUGCCUUACAAUACGUUCUUUCUAGAUUUUAACGCUGGAGAACACAGAGCACCCGAAUUUGUUACAGUAAACCCAAACGCAAGAGUUCCAGCAUUAAUUGAUCAUAACAUGGAAAAUCUAGCAAUAUGGGAGUCUGGUGCUAUUUUACAACAUUUAGUUAAUAAGUACUUCAAAGAAACAGGAAGGGCAUCACUUUGGUCAGAUAAUUUGGCAGAUCAAUCUCAAAUUAAUGCUUGGUUAUUCUUUCAGACUUCUGGCCACGCUCCAAUGAUUGGCCAAGCACUACACUUUAGGUACUUUCACUCUCAAAAGAUUGGCAGUGCCGUUGAGAGGUAUACUGAGGAAGUGAGAAGAGUCUAUGGGGUUGUAGAAAUGGCUUUAGCCGAAAGAAGAGAAGCUUUAAUCAUGGAGCUCGAUACCGAAAAUGCAGCUGCCUACUCAGCAGGUACCACACCGCUCUCACAGAGCCGAUUCUUCGACUAUCCUGUAUGGCUGGUUGGUGAAAGUAUAACAAUAGCAGAUCUGGCGUUCGUUCCUUGGAAUAACGUAGUGGAUAGGAUUGGAAUCAAUAUUAGAGUUGAAUUCCCAGAGGUUUAUAAAUGGACAAAACAAAUGAUGAGGAGGCCAGCUGUUAUUAAAGCUCUGCGUGGUGAAUAA